AUGGACAUCUUUGGAGGUGCCCCUCGUGUGCUGGGUUACCCUCGUCCCGUGGUGGCCCAGUGGGGAACCGAUGCCACACUCAAGUGCCAGAUCGGUGGGGACCCCCGUCCUGAUGUGGUAUGGGAGCGUAAGAACGUCCAGAUCUUGUCUGAGGGACGAUACAUGCUCUCAGAGGACGGAAAAGCGUACUUGCUCACCAUCACUGGAGUCACCCCGGAGGAUGUUGGCCAGUACACCUGCAAGGCAAAGAAUAGCAUUGGCGAAACCUAUGCGGCAGCCUCCCUGAAAGUGGAGGGAGAAGCCCCAAAGACGGUGGGGCAACAAAGGCACACAGAGGUCCACGGUGCGACACAAUCAUCGCAAGAAAAUGGAGAAAUAGUAAGACACCUCAAUGGAUACUCCAAGGAGCAGCCGAAUGUGUCUCUUUCUCAAAAUGGAGGGCCGUUGAACGGGGAACUGGACAAGUGGAGAGGUGAGGACGAUGUGGAAUUGAUGUCAGAUAACAAACCCCGUUUCCUCAUCAAGCCCCUCUCCUUGCGUGUGGACCGGGGCGAGGAUGCAUCCUUCUCCUGCAAGCUCUGGGGCACGCCUCUGCCCGAGGUCAUCUGGGAGAAAGAUGGCAAGAAGCUGGGUGACAUCUUUGAGAGUGCCCACUUCAGCAUGAGCAGUCAAGAUGGCGGCUGGUUCCAGCUCAGGAUCUACAGCACGCGCAUGCCCGACAAAGGCGUGUACACUUGCAAGGCCGUCAACUGCCAUGGUCAGGCCCUGGUGGGUGCCGUCCUUCUUGUUGAGCCAGUCCCGGAGCGAGAGGACAGUAAGAUGUCCUCAGUCGGCCACACCAACAGCCAGCUGUCGCGGAAGGAGGCGAGGGGUGGGAGACACAGUUUGUCGAGAUAUGCAGAGGAACCGCCCGUCAACGUGGCUAAAGUAAAAAAAUUUGCAGUGGCGGAGGGGAAACACGCCAAGUUUCGCUGCUUCGUGACGGGGAAGCCGAAGCCUGAGAUCAUCUGGAAGAAGGAUGGCGUGCCCUUGGAGCCCGGGAGGCGUCAUCUGAUUUUUGAGGAUAGAGAGGGUUACUACACUUUAAAGGUUCUGUACUGUAAGGUGAAGGAUACCGGGCUUUACGUGUGUGCGGCAUCAAACGCUUUGGGACACACCCUGAGCGCCGUUCACCUGUCUGUCAAAGGUCCGCCGGUGCGGUUCAAACGUGCAUUAAAAGACAUAGAGGUGAGGGAGAGGGACGUAGCGGUGCUGGAGUGCGAGGUCCCUGAGGAGUCCACCCCAACCACGUGGUACCUGGAGGACCAGAGGCUGAUGCCCAGUAGUAAAUAUUGGAUUGAACAGAAAGGAACCAAACGAAGACUCACAAUCCAUGACGUGGGUGCAGACGACGAUGGAGUCUAUCUCUGUGAGAUGCCCAGUGGGGGGAAGAGCAUUGCAGAGCUUGCGGUGAAAGGCACUAUUGUGCGUAAGCUUCCUCGCAAGCUGGAAGUGUUGGAGGGUGAAAACGCUGCGUUCUGUGUGGAGGUGGAAGAGGACGACAUGGAGGUCCACUGGUACAAAGAUGGCCUGAAGCUACAUGAGACUCACCAGACGAUUCUGAAGUCUUUUGGGAAAACCCACAUCCUGGUGUUUGUCAACGUAGCCUAUCAAGACACGGGGGCAGUGACCUUCGUCACUGGGAGAUCCAGGACUUCAUCACGCCUAAAGGUGAAAGCCGCUAGACACAGUCCACCCAUCUGCCCCGUGGGAGUCAAGAUGGAUGUAGAGAGACCCAACAGUGCCCUCCUCACCUGGGUGCCUGCCGCCACCACCAAAACCACCACCAGGUCCAUAUUUGUUGUGGAGAUGCAGGAGGAAGGCUCGCAGGAGUGGCAGAAGUGUUUCACCUCAGAAAGUGCUGCCUCAGUGGAGGUCUCGGGUGACAGCGUGCCAUGUGAGGGAAACUACCGCUUCCGUGUCUGUUGCAUCAACAAAUACGGGCGAAGCGGUCAUGUGGAGUUUCCCAAAGUUGUCCAUCUGGUCCCAGGGCCCAAGAUUCGCAGCCAGCUCCAAAGUACUGAAGUCAUGGAGGGAGAAGAAGCAAAGUUCUCCAUUGAACUGUCUGCUGCAAUGACUGGAACCUGGUUUUUGAAUAGCACUCAGCUGCAGAGCGGAGGACGAUUUACGAUAUGUCAUUCCCAAACACAGCAUUCACUGGUCAUCUGUGAGACGCAGGCGACAGACGAUUCAGCUGAGAUCACUUUCAUUGCCAACGGAGUCCGAGAUUCGGCAGUUCUCAAGGUUAAACCUGCGGUGGUGAAGUUCAACCCUGUGUCAGAACCAGACAGCAAUAAGAGGGUAGAAACCGGUGAUCCUGUUGUCCUCUACUGCGAAGUCAGCCACUCCUUCGCAGAAGUACACUGGUUCAAAGAUGGGGUAGCGCUCAAGACAGCUGAUGGCCUCAGCAUUCAGUCUGAGGGGAAUAUGAGGAGGAUUGUGAUCCAGUCAGCAGAGGCGUCUGACUCUGGAGUAUAUACCUGUGAAACUUCAGGGGAAGUCAUUCAGUUCCAUGUUGAGGUUGCAGGUCCUCCUGUGGAGUUCACUCCCAUCCCAGCGGAAGACCUCCAUAAGAGCAGCAUGGAGCUGGACCCCGUGGUGCUCCAUUGUCAGGUCUCCAAAGAGGAUGCCAUCGUUGUAUGGUACAAGGAUGGCUGUGAGAUCCAGGCCGGCGAUAACAUCACCUUGCAGUCAGAAGGCACCAUGAGGAGGCUGAUCAUCCGGUCUGCAGAGACCGCAGAUGCUGGCAACUAUACCUGCCAGGCAGGAAACAACAGCGUUACGUUUACUGUCAGUGUGAGAGAGCCUCCAGUGAUGAUCGCGGACCCCAAGGAGGACGUUGUCAUGGACCGCUAUGUGUCGGAGGAGAUCCAUUUGCAGUGUGAGCUGUCGCGUUCCAGCGGCCAGGUCCGCUGGUACAAGGAUGGGCUAGAGGUGGAGGACGGUAGUGAAAACAUACGUCUGACCUCAGAGGGGCCCUACAGGAGGCUAACCAUCCUCUGCGGCACAGCGGCAGACUCCGGAGAGUACGUCUGCGAAACGGAUGGAGAUUCAGUCUUCUUCCAGCUUACCAUCACAGAGCCUCCAGUCCGGAUCAUCUCCCCUCGUGAAUCACAGCUGGAGUUGACUCACUUGUCUUCGGAGAGGCUGGAGCUCGAAUGUGAGCUGUCUCAGUCGGACGCCCCCGUCAGGUGGUACAGAGACGGUCUGAAGGUGGAGGAGGGUCCCAACCUGAUCCUGGAGGUCGACGGUGCCAAACGCAGGCUGGUCGUCCCCACGACUGGCAUGGAGGACACGGCGGAGUAUGUGUGUGACACUGAAAAUAACUCUGUGACCUUUCUGGUGACCAUCACAGAACCCCCAGUGAAGCUCACUUGUCCCAAAAAGACAUCUGGAAAAGUGGAGAGCUUUGCUGGGGAGCCAAUCGUACUGGAGGUGGCGGUAUCCCGCACCAACGCGGAGGUGAAAUGGUUGAUGGAUGGAAGAGAGCUACAGGAGAGCAGCAACAUCAGCAUCACCAAGGAUGGACUUGUCCGUCGUUUGACCAUCCACUCUCCAGGACAAGUGGAUUCUGGGAAAUACACUUGUAAUGCACUUGAGGAUAACAUUGACUUCCAGGUCAAAGUUUCAGAGGCUCCGGUGAAGAUCCUAAGGAAGUCAGAGACUAAGACGGACCUGAAGUCUCUGCUUUCUGACGAUAUCGUGCUGGAGUGUGAGCUCUCGAGGGCCAACGCUCUCACCAAAUGGUACAAAGAUGGCCGCCGCAUCGAGGACGACGAGAGGUUCUGUGAGGAGGAAGAAGGGGCCUUCCGGUCCCUGGUCAUCCUCAACGCCGAGCUCGGAGAUUCAGGAGAGUACUUCUUGGAUGCUGGAGAUGACAAAAUUACCUUCCAGGUCACUGUUCAAGAGCCCCCGGUGACCAUCGUUGGUAACUCAAAUGACCCAGACUACCAGGAGAUGGUGGCGGGAGAUGAACUGAUCUUGGCCUGUGAGGUUUCUCGCGCCAACGCGCCCGUCCAGUGGUACUGCAACGACCGGCCCCUCACCAGCGACUCCCGCACCUACAUCGAGAGCUACGGCACCCUGAGGAAGAUCAUCAUCUCAAACAUCCAGCCCUCCGACUCCGGGAAAUAUGUGUGCGAUGCUGUGGACGACAAGAUGGUCAGCAUGGUCAGGAUUCAAGUGCCGCGCGUGGUGGAGUUCCUCACUGAGCUCCACAACACCACCGUGCUGGAAGGCGAAAAUGCCACCUUCAAGUGUGUGGUCUCACCCGAGGAUGUCCAGUUGGUCUGGCUCAUGGACAACGAAGCCAUUGCCAUUGGCGGCCGUUUUCAGGCGACGCACAACGGCCUGUGCCACACGCUGAUGAUCAGCAAGUGCCAGAUGUUGGACAGCUCCAAGAUCACCGCCGAGGUGGAGGGGAAGAUCAGCAAAGCCUGCCUUAAAGUACAGGAGGCACAGAUCAUGUUCACCAAGAGGAUGGAGGCUGUCAUGGCGGAGGAGUUCGGCGACGCCACCUUGGAGACGGAGGUCAGUCUGGAGACGGGCGAGGUCCAGUGGAUGAGGCAGGGGGUGGUCAUCCAGCCGGGGCCACGGCACACGCUGGCGCAGGACGGCUGCAGACGCAAGCUGAUCAUCCGUGACCUGACCCUGUCUGACCGCGGGACCUACCGCUGCGAGACCCUGCAUGACCGAACGCAGGUCAAGCUUAACGUAGAGCCUCGCAAAAUCUCCAUCCGUAAGGGUCUCAGCGACCAGGAGACCUUUGAACGGGAGACCGCCUCUUUCGAGGUGGAGGUCUCCCACGCGGACGUGGAGGGGGUGUGGCAGAAGGACGGCAUCCGGGUCAAACCCAACAACCAGUGGCGGGUAAGCACCAAUGGGCUGGUCCAUGGCCUCACCCUGUCCAACCUCACCCUGGAGGACACAGGCACCAUCAUCUUCUCUGCCGAGGGGGUGCGCACAACCGCGAGGCUCACUGUCAAAGAAACGCCAGUGUCCAUCCUGAAAAACCUGUCGGAUGUUCGAGUUGAGGAGGACUUUCCCGCCACCCUGGAGUGUGAAUUCUCCAGGCAAAAUGUGGAAGUCAAGUGGCUGAAGAACGGGGUCGAGCUGAAGCCGGGGAAAAAUCACCGGAUCUACUCCAUGGGAAGGAAACGCUUCUGCCAGAUCCUGCAGUGCACGAUGGCCGACUCCGGCACCUACACAUGUGACACCGGAGAACUACGCACUUCCUGUUCAGUGGAAAUUUAUGAGCAUGAGUUGAAGGUGGUGCAGGACCUGGAGGACCUCUACGUCCAGGAGGACCAGAACGCUGUUUUCAUGUGUGAGGUGUCCCUGGCGGAUGUGGCGGGCGACUGGUACAAGGAUGGCCAUAAGAUACGGCCCACCAGCACCAUCAAGAUCCGCACGGAAGGGACCAAGCACUUUCUGCUGAUGUGUAAUGUCAAAGCGGAGGACGCCGGGGAGAUCCGCUUCGCUGCUAAAGACGUCGAGUCCACGGCCUACCUCGAGGUCGAAGAGCUCCCGGUCUCCAUCGUGAAGCCUCUGCGUGACCGAACGGCCCUGGAGAAACACCGCGUGAUCCUGGAGUGCACCGUGUCCACGCCGCGCUGCGACGCCUCCUGGUACCGGGGCACGGAGGAGCUGGUCCCCUCCGAUCGGCUGGAGAUGCUGGCCGACGGCUGCUCCCAUAAACUGGUGAUCCGGGAGGUGGCUGUGACGGAUGAGGGCACCUACAGCAUCCAGGUCGGGGAGCACACGUCCAGCGCCAAGCUGUUAGUGGAAGCCCAGGCCCUUGUAAUGGUGAAGGAGUUGGAGGACGUGGCGGUGACGGAGCCCGAGCAGGCGUGUUUCCAGUGCGAGGUGUCCGUGGACAUCAGCAAGCCGCCCGUGUGGACUCUGAACGGGGAGACCCUUCGGGCCGACCCCUCGGUUCGCCUGGAGAACCACGGGACGGUCCACAAACUCACCUUGAAAAACACCAACGUGGACAUGAGCGGCACGGUCAAGUUCACCAUGGGAAAGGCCAAGAGCAGCGCCGCCCUGUGCGUGAUGGGAAAGUAGACGGAUGUGAAGAAACGUGACUCUGAGAGUAACAGGAAGUGACUUUGAAAAUGGAAAAUUUUGAAGAGUUGUCGCAGUGUGUGAUCCCUUACCCCUUUUCUACAGGCGGUCACUGCAUUACAGUGUACUUGGUUUGUCCACGCUCGGCUGAAUUCACACUGAGGGUUGGCGAGGUUAGACACCCGGAGCUUUAGUAAGUCAAAAUAUGUCGGUUAUUCCCUUUUCUACAGUGAAAGUUGCCCCCCCCCAAUAGAUUCCUGGUCGACAUUAACGAGGAUACUGAUUGAUAACCAUGUCCCUAUUCAAAUAAAGCAACAGUAGG